UGUCCUUCAGUCCGCAUUCCAAUUACAUGGGCACACCUUCUGCUACAUUCUUUAUAUAAGAGAAAACGAUAGCAUUAAGUUCAUUGUGUGGCCAGCCCUACACCCUACAGAGCUAUCUAAUAAGGGAACUUGUCUGUAUCGUUUUCGAUUGUGUGACUUAACUUCACAAUAUCUCAAACAUGAUGAAUCCCGCUGCCGUUUAUCCUUAUCCUCCUGGCAAUCCAAUCGGUAUGCCUGUUUACCCACAAGGCAUGGCCCAACCUCCAUUCGCAAUCCCUGUUCAGCAGCAGCCAGCUGUUGCUCAAAAUACAGCAGUAAAUGUCAAUUCUCCAGUGGCCACCACAAGCCCUGGUUUUGUAGCAGCGCCUAUUUACCAACCAGGCCCAGCACAACCUCAGUUCCAAAGCCCCGUUCAGCAGCAGCCAGCUGUUGCUCAAAAUACAGCAGUAAAUGUCAAUUCUCCAGUGGCCACCACAAGCCCUGCAGCGCCUAUUUACCAACCAGGCCCAGCACAACCUCAGUUCCAAAGCCCCGUUCAGCCGCAGCCAGCUGUUGCUCAAAAUACAACAGUACAGGUCAAUGCCGCCCCUGUUCAGCCACAGCCUGUUGUCCAGCAUACAAACAUCUGCAUCGAUUCAGGGAACCUUCAAGGUCAACCAAGGGGCCCUGAAUUAAAAAAUGUCGUGGUGGUGGGGCCGGCGGCAGGGGAGAGACCAGUACGGACAAAAUGUCCCCUUUGCGAGGCCACCUGUGUCACUAGUGUCACCUACAAGAAUGGCGCACUCACCUGGGUUCUGUGCGGUGUGCUAGGAAUAUUGGGAAUAUGGCCAUUCUGCUUGAUCCCGCUCUGUUGUGAUAGCUGUAAGGAUGUGGAACAUCGCUGUCCCAACUGCCAAAAUGUCGUGCAUGUACAUAGGCGCAUUUAAAAGUGACUGUCAGACCUCAGCAGCAUGACACUUACUGGAAACAGUAUGUGAUUCAUACUAAAUCAUAAUGUUUUAGCUCUUCAUAAUAAGUGGCAUAAAUUUGAUGGUCUAUGUCAACUGUUGAUUUAAUUUUCCAGGUUUACCAAGACUAUACAUUGGUUGCAUAUUGGGGAGCUUUAAUGCACAGUGGUUAACAUGAUCAUGACUUUUCUUAUUUUUUGAAUUUGUAUGCACUUAAAUGAUUCUUACACUUUUUGGCUUACAUCUUGACUGUUAAAUGCACUUACUUCAAGUCGCUUUGGACUGAAGCGUAAUACAAGGAAUGCCGUCUGCGGUAGAAACAGGAAAAUUCAGCUUGCAUAUCUGAGGUUUGAGGAUUCGUUCAGGCCAUUUAUGGAUCUUGAGGAAACAAAGUUCCUAAACGGGUUCUCCUUGCUCUGUGAGCAUUGAUGACACACUGAAGGGAAUGUUUUCUCGGAAUUGACACUGGGUGUGUGGGUUAUUGUUGUCUUGUGUUCACAUGCAGCAUUGACUGUAGGCCAGUGGUUCUCAACCUUUUUAGUCUUGUGUACCCCCUUAGCCUUUUUGUCAUACCAUGCGCACCCCCUCACUCAUACAUGUUGAUCAUUCUUCAAAAGUAGAAAAUAACACAACUGAUUAUUGAAUGGAAAAUCAUUUUAUUUCAUCUCCUUAACUUGAACAUGUAAUUCUCUGGCAUUUUCUUAAUUUUACUCAAAUGAAUAAUAAAAAUAAAUAAUAUGUUGCCUUGAAAAUAAAAAAGUAAUAUAAACAAAUAAAUAAAAACGAAAU